GUGAACACACAUCACCGAAUUCGUGCACGAAUAAACUCAUGCAAUUUAAUGAAUUAAGAAAGAAAAUCGAACUAAAAACCAAUUCGAUUACUUAUAACGAUGUUCGAAAACUGAAUGAGCUUCGAAACAUUUUAACUAAAUAUUUGAUUGAUUUGCCAAAAAUUUAGCAAAUCACACAUACACAUCAACGAUUGUGAAAUUUCUUUCUUUUUUUUUUUCUUGAAAAUGAACACUUUGCACUAAUCAAAGUUGAAUCACUGAACUUAUCUAAUUAUUUCCUUUGAAAAUAAAGAUAGGGGUAGAGAGUGUGACAUAUUUUUUUUUGCGACCGAUUCUUAGUGCUUAUCAUAAACAUAAACUAUCUGAAAGCAUCCACGAUGAACAAAGUAGAAAAUGAAAUUACGAAGCUAUUUGAAGGCAGUGCAUUAUCGGCCACGCAAAUAUCAAAAUUGAUCAAAUGGCUACAAAUGACACCAAAAACCACAACAGUUCGCGUAAAUUUGCUGAGCACAUCUACCAAUCAUGUAAUUGCAAACAUUUUGAAAAUGUUUGAGCAAUGCACUCAUUUACCAUGCCUGCCGUUAAUUGAACGUUUCGAUGCGAUUCCCGAAAUGAUUAUGAUACACAGCCUUGAUGAGCGUGCAAUCAAUAAAAAACCAUGCCCAGAACGAAAGGAAGUUAUUGUUGAUGGUCCAUGUGCGGCAGCAGUUCUUCGCGGUGCUCAUAUAUAUUGUCCAGGCAUUUUAGCGAUGCAAACAAAUACAAAAUUGAAUGAAAUUGUGAAUAUUUUUGGCGACAUCGAAGGUGCAUGCAAAAAAGGAACCAACAUUGUAUAUGAUUCGGUGCAGAAACUAUUCAUUGGCACGGGACAAGUGAAAAUGCAACGACAUCAACUAUUUGGAACUGAUGGCCCAUCAAAAGGUAUUGGUGUUGAAGUUCAUCAAACCAUAUCAUGUGUACCGUCUGUUGGCAGUGAAUAUCUAUCCAAUCAAAGUAGUUUAUUACAGAAUUUUCCGUCAAUUGUUUGUAGCAGAGUCUUGGAUCCGAAGCCAAACGAAAUCGUUUUGGAUAUGUGCGCAUCACCCGGUAAUAAAACAACACAUUUAGCACAAUUGAUGGAAGACAGUGGUGUACUUGUUGCACUCGAUAAAUCGGAGAAUCGUGUCAUCGUAUUAAAAGAAAAUAUUAAGAGAUUUCAUUUAAAAUCGGUUCAUUCUUAUACAUUUGAUGCAACGAAAGCAAUUGAUUUGACAAUGAAACAACAUAAAAAUGAUUUUCCAUCCCAUCCACCGUAUGCGGAAGAGAGUUUUGAUAAAAUUCUAUUGGACGCUCCAUGCAGUGGUUUGGGUAAUCGACCGAUAUUGUCAACAAAAUUGAAUCGCCAUAUUGUGGCAUCGUUUCCGAAACUACAAAAAAAGUUACUCGAUACAGCAUUGAGACUGUUAAAAGUCGGUGGUACUCUUGUGUACAGCACUUGUUCGGUGCUUGACGCUGAAAAUGAACGAAAUGUUGCAUAUAUGUUAGAAAAAUACGGCAAAGUAUUGGAAUUGGAGACUGCCACUCCGGUUUUUGGAAAUCCUGGUUUAAAAAAUGCCGGAUUAAGUGAUGAUGAACGCAGAAAAGUACAACGCUUCGGUCCAGAUUUUGAAAAUCCGGAAAAUCAAGUAACAAUUAUCGAUUCAACGGGUUUCUUUAUUUGUAAAUUUCGAAAAAUUGCCAAACUUAAUUAAAUAGAUAAAUAUUGAAUUAAAUAUACUAUGUCCUGAGAUCUGCGUCUAUGAAAAAUGGACAUUUACUUUA